GCAGCAGCCCCACCAGACAGAGACACCGACGGUCUCGCGGAGGCGGCCAACACCCACCUUUCGCUCUCUCCCUCCUUGCCGCUUCCGCUCCUCCGCCCCCGCCUCCACGCGAACUGCACGGCCGCGGCAUCCCCACGCGCGCCUACUCCCGAGCCCCGUCCACACGGCAACUCCUCGGGCGCGCACGGCAUCCGCCGGCCCGGCCCGGUUGACUUGACUCCGGCGGGAGGGUUCAGGACGCGUUCUUGCGUGCUUCUGACGGCACUCCGGUUGGCGAGGCGGCCGGGCUCGGCUCAGAUCCUCCGAAGGUUGGAUUUUGGGGGGCAGUGCCCAAUUGGUGGCCGCGAGCGCCUCCUGGCGUUGACUGCGGCCGAGUUCUCCGCAGGCGCGUGCGAGGAGACUUCGCUCCGCUGCUAUUCUUGGCCAGGCAGCUCCCCCGCACCAGGGAAGGCACCGGGGCGGCUGGGCUCGGUCGAUGCGUCGCCGGUAGAUUGGCUGGCCGGCGGUAGCGUUGGAAGGAGAUGGGGAACUGCAUGGACAAAGCGGCGACGGUGGACAACAACACCGCAUAUCAAUCAAAAGUAGGGAGCAAAUCAAGUUCAUCAUCCAAUCCCUCUACAGCCAAAACUGGCUCGACUCGGUCGUCUUGGACUGUACCCUCAUACAAAGAAAGUAGAGAGCUUCCUACUCCUAGGACCGAAGGAGAAAUCUUGUCAUCAUCAAAUUUGAAGGCAUUCUCAUUUGGUGAUCUCAAAGCUGCAUCUAAGAACUUCCGGUCAGACAGUCUUCUUGGGGAAGGAGGAUUUGGUUAUGUCUUCAAAGGCUGGAUUGACGAACAAACUCUUGCCCCUUCAAAGCCGGGAAGUGGUAUGGUUGUAGCCAUCAAGAAGCUAAAACCAGAAGGUUUUCAGGGCCACAAGGAAUGGCUGACAGAGGUCGACUACCUUGGCCAACUGCACCACCAAAAUCUUGUCAAGCUCAUUGGUUAUUGCUCCGAUGGUGACAACCGACUCUUGGUGUACGAGUUCAUGCCUAAAGGAAGUUUGGAAAAUCAUCUAUUCAGACGAGGUGCGGAUCCUUUACCCUGGGGAAUAAGACUCAAAGUUGCAAUUGGGGCUGCUAGAGGUUUAUCAUUUCUGCAUGAUGCUGAGAACCAAGUCAUAUAUCGUGAUUUCAAGGCGUCCAACAUUUUGCUUGACUCGGAGUUCAAUGCUAAGCUUUCAGACUUUGGAUUGGCAAAAGCAGGUCCAACUGGGGAUAGAACCCAUGUUUCUACCCAAGUCAUGGGCACACGAGGUUAUGCAGCUCCUGAAUAUGUUGCAACAGGUCGCCUCUCAGUAAAAGCAGAUGUCUACAGCUAUGGCGUGGUGCUGCUGGAGUUACUGACAGGACGGCGAGCGCUAGAUAAAUCGAAACCGGCAUCCGAGCAGAACCUCGUCGACUGGGCAAGACCCUACCUGCGAGACAAGCGCCGUCUGUACCGCGUCAUGGACUCUAAGCUGGGCGGACAAUACCCGAAGAAAGGCGCACACGCAGUCGCAGGCAUCGCCCUGCAGUGCAUUGGCAAUGAUGCCAAGGCACGGCCCGCAAUGUCCGAGGUCCUUGAGAAACUAGAGCAGCUGCAGGACCCCAAGUACAACGUCACAGCACUACAGAUGGACCCAAAGCGGACAUCUUUGUCAGGCUCUGUCCCCAGGUCGCCCAUGAAGGCGCAGCCCUCGCCACGACGCCUGUCGGGUUCGGGUUCCCCUUUGCCGGCAGUGGCAGGCUCCCCGCUGCCAGCAUAUAGGAUUGCUCAGGUGCAUUAGAUGCGCGACUGAAGGAUGAGGUGCAGAGUUUGUGUUGUAGUAGGCUUGUAGCUAUUGGUUCCCUGUAGGUGCAUAUUUCGAUGUGUUGUUCCCGAGCAGCGUAGUUCUUUGUUUGUGAGGUGUAGUUUUGUUUGAGGUGUUGUGGAACCAGAUUGUGGUGAGAUGCUGAAUAGUGAGAAUCAACAUUCUGUGAUUCGAUUGAUCUUUAAAUGGUUUCUCAGUUUUGACUGAAAA